AUGGAGACACACCGAGUAGCCAAUGAGGGGAGCUCGGCCCAGUGCUGCCCAGGGGAGCUCAGCCCAGUGCUGCCCAGGGGAGCUCGGCCCAGUGCUGCCCAGGGGAGCUCGGCCCAGUGCUACCAGGGGAGCUCGGCCCAGCGCUGCCCAGGGGAGCUCGGCCCAGCGCUGCCCAGGGGAGCUCGGCCCAGUGCUAACAGGGGAGCUCGGCCCAGUGCUGCCCAGGGGAGCUCGGCCCAGUGCUGCCCAGGGGAGCUCGGCCCAGUGCUAACAGGGGAGCUCGGCCCAGCGCUGCCCAGGGGAGCUCGGCCCAGUGCUGCCCAGGGGAGCCCGGCCCAGUGCUACCAGGGGAGCUCGGCCCAGCGCUGCCCAGGGGAGCUCGGCCCAGCGCUGCCCAGGGGAGCUCGGCCCAGUGCUAACAGGGGAGCUCGGCCCAGUGCUGCCCAGGGGAGCUCGGCCCAGUGCUGCCCAGGGGAGCUCGGCCCAGUGCUACCAGGGGAGCUCAGCCCAGCGCUGCCCAGGGGAGCUCGGCCCAGCGCUGCCCAGGGGAGCUCGGCCCAGCCCUGCCAAGGGAGCUCAGCCCAGUGCUACCAGGGGAGCUCGGCCCAGUGCUGCCCAGGGGAGCUCGGCCCAUGCUGCCCAGGGGAGCUCAGCCCAGUGCUGCCCAGGGGAGCUCGGCCCAGUGCUGCCCAGGGGAGCUCGGCCCAGUGCUACCAGGGGAGCUCGGCCCAGCGCUGCCCAGGGGAGCUCGGCCCAGCGCUGCCCAGGGGAGCUCGGCCCAGUGCUAACAGGGGAGCUCGGCCCAGCGCUGCCCAGGGGAGCUCGGCCCAGUGCUGCCCAGGGGAGCUCGGCCCAGUGCUAACAGGGGAGCUCGGCCCAGCGCUGCCCAGGGGAGCUCGGCCCAGUGCUGCCCAGGGGAGCUCGGCCCAGUGCUACCAGGGGAGCUCGGCCCAGCGCUGCCCAGGGGAGCUCGGCCCAGCGCUGCCCAGGGGAGCUCGGCCCAGUGCUAACAGGGGAGCUCGGCCCAGUGCUGCCCAGGGGAGCUCGGCCCAGUGCUGCCCAGGGGAGCUCGGCCCAGUGCUACCAGGGGAGCUCGGCCCAGCGCUGCCCAGGGGAGCUCGGCCCAGUGCUGCCCAGGGGAGCUCGGCCCAGUGCUACCAGGGGAGCUCGGCCCAGCGCUGCCCAGGGGAGCUCGGCCCAGCGCUGCCCAGGGGAGCUCGGCCCAGUGCUAACAGGGGAGCUCGGCCCAGCGCUGCCCAGGGGAGCUCGGCCCAGUGCUGCCCAGGGGAGCUCGGCCCAGUGCUAACAGGGGAGCUCGGCCCAGCGCUGCCCAGGGGAGCUCGGCCCAGUGCUGCCCAGGGGAGCUCGGCCCAGUGCUACCAGGGGAGCUCGGCCCAGCGCUGCCCAGGGGAGCUCGGCCCAGCCCUGCCAAGGGAGCUCAGCCCAGUGCUACCAGGGGAGCUCGGCCCAGUGCUGCCCAGGGGAGCUCGGCCCAGUGCUAACAGGGGAGCUCGGCCCAGUGCUGCCCAGGGGAGCUCGGCCCAGUGCUGCCCAGGGGAGCUCGGCCCAGUGCUAACAGGGGAGCUCGGCCCAGUGCUGCCCAGGGGAGCUCGGCCCAGUGCUGCCCAGGGGAGCUCGGCCCAGUGCUACCAGGGGAGCUCGGCCCAGUGCUGCCCAGGGGAGCUCGGCCCAGUGCUGCCCAGGGGAGCUCGGCCCAGUGCUAACAGGGGAGCUCGGCCCAGCGCUGCCCAGGGGAGCUCGGCCCAGUGCUGCCCAGGGGAGCUCGGCCCAGUGCUAACAGGGGAGCUCGGCCCAGCGCUGCCCAGGGGAGCUCGGCCCAGUGCUGCCCAGGGGAGCUCGGCCCAGUGCUACCAGGGGAGCUCGGCCCAGCGCUGCCCAGGGGAGCUCGGCCCAGCGCUGCCCAGGGGAGCUCGGCCCAGUGCUAACAGGGGAGCUCGGCCCAGUGCUGCCCAGGGGAGCUCGGCCCAGCGCUGCCCAGGGGAGCUCGGCCCAGUGCUACCAGGGGAGCUCGGCCCAGCGCUGCCCAGGGGAGCUCGGCCCAGUGCUGCCCAGGGGAGCUCGGCCCAGUGCUACCAGGGGAGCUCGGCCCAGCGCUGCCCAGGGGAGCUCGGCCCAGCCCUGCCAAGGGAGCUCAGCCCAGUGCUACCAGGGGAGCUCGGCCCAGUGCUGCCCAGGGGAGCUCGGCCCAGUGCUAACAGGGGAGCUCGGCCCAGUGCUGCCCAGGGGAGCUCGGCCCAGUGCUGCCCAGGGGAGCUCGGCCCAGUGCUAACAGGGGAGCUCGGCCCAGUGCUGCCCAGGGGAGCUCGGCCCAGUGCUAACAGGGGAGCUCAGCCCAGUGCUGCCCAGGGGAGCUCGGCCCAGCGCUGCCCAGGGGAGCUCGGCCCAGCGCUGCCCAGGGGAGCUCGGCCCAGUGCUAACAGGGGAGCUCGGCCCAGUGGUAACAGGGGAGCUCGGCCCAGUGCUGCCCAGGGGAGCUCGGCCCAGUGCUAA